AACGAGACGAGACCAUCGCUGCCGCUGUUAGAGAGAGGCAUAGCAGGUUCAAGCAAGUGUUCGUUAGCGUACUGCCAUUAAGGACCAGAGUAUAUUUAAGGGACGCGUCAGUAGACCAAGGUUUGGAAUCAGCGGUGCAAGAUGAGCUGAAGAUUAAUCGGGCUCAAUCAGCGAUGCUCCACUUCUCCACCGCCACCAAAAAAGAAAGCGCGAUCUCAUUGGCCAGGUUCAACAAAAAACAACACCGCCCAAUUCAAAGAAAAACCCCUUACAUGCAUCCUGGAUUCUUAUGAUCAUCAUAAGCAAUGUCGGCCCAACAACUAAUUACUGUACUCCAGGAUCUGGUCAACGCCAGUACAAUCGAUAACUCAUGGAACCAGGAGCUAGACGCUGUCGCGAAGCGGCUUCAGGUCGAUGCCGAUUUCCGCAUUGAAGUUGGACGACAUGAAAAUGUAUGGAGCGAUAUCGCCGCUAUCUUACGCAGGGUUGUCAAGGACGGAUUAGACCCAAAGCAAGUCGAGCAACUCAUGUUUCUGAUGCGAACUAUUCGUAAUGCUGUUGCUGGUGUUACUGAGAAUCAGGAUCAAGCAAGGACGUUCAAUCUUCCGAAUUUGAUCCAGGAGGUCGUCUCGCAAGCUGCGCACACUCAUUACGGAAAUGUCGCGUAUAUCAUGAUGCUGCGAGCAGGAAUUCAGGCUCUGUCCAAUCUGUUGACGGGAAACAACGUAUCGAAGGAUGAAAUCUGGAAAUCCCUUCUCGUGAAGACACCCAGUCCGAGCUGCGACCAGAAUCUUUUGAGCACGUUGGCGGCCAUCGAGGAUGAGACGAUUGUCCUUAGCACAGUUAUGCUUUGUUACAAUUGUAUUUUUGAAUCCCUUGAACGCAGUGAUUUAUUAAUUUCAACCGCUGCGGGGAGGAAGCUGCAGGCCCAACUCCUCAACGAGUCCCAUGCAACAAGCAGUAAGGAGGAGCGAAAGAGUUUUGAGAUGAUUUACACAUUUUUCAACUACCUCAUUGGACAGGAUUACUUCCCACAAAUGUUUGAGACUAUGAAAUCCCAAGAACAGGACAAUGAAGGGGAUUACAAAAUUCGAUAUCACGGAGAACAUUUUCAUGAGAAGGAGGGAGAAACCAUUCCCAAGAUCCAGGAGCUGGGGAUUGAGGAAGUAGAAGACGAAAACGAUCCUUCAAAUGCCAAAAAGGACCAAGAAGGGACCAAACCUGGGGACCCCCAUCUCAGUGCUGAACAGGUCAUUUUACUCAAGAUGAUCGACUCGCGGAUCUGUGCCCAUCACCAGCAACAGCAAAAAUUAUACCAACAGCGGCAAAACUUAGACAGCCUUCCAAAAGACACGGAACCACCGGUUAGUUUGAAAACCGUCGAGUUCUUAACAGAGACCUUUGCCAAGGUUUCAACGCUGACUAUCGGGGUCUUCAGGACUUUGAAUCAGCCUGGCAUUGGACAGUAUGCCGUUGAAGAUCUCGCAAACUUGUCGUCUGGGGUCAUGUUACUGCUCGGUUGCUUUGCACACCUCAGUCUUUUCGAGGAUGGUCAUGUUAGCAUUGCACAAGGAGUUCUAAGCGAGGAUGACGAAGUGCUCGAGGAAACUGAGCGACCCGGUGGACUCUUGCCGAUACCCGACUGGUUCAAAGCGCAGCAUAUGGCGAUGGUUAACGGUGGGAUUGUUGAAAAUGCUAUAGAAUUACUGCGACAAUCAGACAAGAGUCUGGCGCGAGUGACUAAGCCUGUACCCGGAGCCCCUGUGAACGCGACAACAGCAGCAACAUCUGCAGCCACAGCCGCAGCCACAAAUCCAGUCGCAAGCCCAGUUACGACCCAAGCAUUUGAGGCCAACACAGAAUCAACUCUGCUUUCCGGCACCUCAACCAUGCAGGGACAGCAAGCGUUCUUUGUCGGACUGAAGCGUGACAUUGUGCGACUUGUCGGUAACUUAGCCUAUCGGUCUAGACAUGUCCAGGAUCGGAUCCGGCAAUGCAAUGGCCUCAUCGUCAUCCUUAGUCAGUGCAAUAUCGACGAUGCCAACCCAUAUCUUCGCGAGUAUGCUAUUUUGGCGAUGAAGAACAUCCUCGCUGGAAAUCUCGAGAACCAGGCGCUGAUCGAGGAACUACAGCCGAUCGAGGCGGUGGACCAUCCUGCUUUGCAAGAGGCUAGAGUGACAGCACACCUUGAUGCGGAGACUGGACGACCGGUCCUAACGCAAAAAAAACCAUAGAGCGCUAUUCAUUUCUGGCCGCGAAAAAGCGAGUAAAAUAAUAAAUGGGAUGCC